AUGUUAAUUUUAAGCAAAGAGAAUGUCUCGUUCAAACUAAAAUCCACAGAUAGAGAGACAUCGAAUGUAAUGGCAGACCCGUUCUACAACUUUAAUAAGCAAUUCAAUAAAUUCGUUAAUAGUAACCCAAAUGUAUUAUCCGCCGCUAAAUCCGCCUCGCAGAUUCCUGAAUCUGCCAAGGCCGUGAUUGUUUUAUCUCCUAUGUCAUUGCAGCAUAAGUUCCCAAGAUACUGGGUAUCAAAAUCUUACAAGAAGACGAUUGUUGAGAGGCCCGAGAGAGUAUUGGCAUGUUCGAUGGGCAUAGCGGCUGCUAUUACGAUGUAUCCAGCAUUAUACAGUUUGAAGACUUCUCAUGAAAGAGAGGCGUCGCUGCUUUCACCACAUGUUUUAAAGGUGCAUGGUGAUUCAUGGCCAAGAGAACUAUUAAGACUUUGUCGUGCUUCCAAGGAUAAUAUCCAGAAAAAACAUAUUGAGGUGCCAGAAGAUUGGAAUGCAGAUGAUAUAUAUUUAUGUGAGGAGACAAUAAAGGCCUUGCAGGGUUCCCUUGGAGCUGUCGAAUACGGUGUUGAUUCAAUCUUUAAGGGUUCCGAUAAAGGAACUCUACCGAAUAGAGCAUUUGUGGCCAUACGGCCACCCGGGCAUCAUUCUCACGUUGCCACGCCCUCAGGCUUCUGUCUACUAAACAAUUCUCAUAUUGCAGUGGAAUAUGCUGCAGCGACAUAUGGUGUCACACAUGCGGCCAUCCUGGACUUUGAUCUACAUCAUGGAGAUGGAACUCAGGACAUCUGCUGGAAGCGCGCUGGAUUUAAACCCGAUGAUAUUUUUGAUGAUACUACCGAAUACAACGAGUUUGGCAAAAAGUUUGCGGAAUAUCCCAAGGUUGGUUAUUUCUCUGUGCAUGAUAUCAAUUCCUUCCCCACGGAACUAGGGUAUGCCACGAAGGAAAACAUUAAAGACGCCUCAACGUGUAUUAUGGAUUCACAUGAUGUUAACAUAUGGAAUGUGCACUUGAUGCCCUACGAAAAUGAAGAGGAGUUUAACAAGCUGUACCAAACCAAAUAUCGUACCUUGUUUGCAAAGGCGGACGAGUUUUUGAAAAAUGCAAGGCGCAGCAUGGCGAAGAAAGGUGGUAGAUUCAAGGGUCUGAUCGUUAUAAGCGCUGGUUUCGAUGCUUCGGAAUACGAGCAGUCCUCUAUGCAGCGACAUGGGGUUAAUGUUCCGACCUCGUUCUUCGCUACGUUCACGAAAGAUGUACUGAAGCUUGCCCAAAUGCACACCGCGGGGAAGGUUCUAUCAUUACUGGAGGGAGGCUAUUCUGACGGAGCAAUUUCUUCAGGUGUUUUCGCUCAUCUGAUCGGUUUACAAAACCAACAGUGGAUUAACGAGUGGGGUUCAGAACAGGUAAUCAAGGAAAUCACUAGAGGAUGCAAAGCAAACUGGAAGCCUUACAAAACCAAACGCUCCCGCGAUGUCAUACGUACCUGGGCGGAGGAAGUCAUUAAAUUAGGUAGAAGUCUAAUUUCCGAUUUCGAUGAGGACUUCUUCAACGAAGACCCUACAGAGACCAAGACCCGCGUAACUAGGUCUAACAAACAGCCAGAACUGGUUGCCACAAUCGAUCAGAAAACCCCACUUUCAAGGUCGCAAACUCCAACUCCCACAGGAAAAUCUACCUCCAAUUCAGCAUCUGGGUCCGAUGCUAUACCGUUCAUUGACCAGAAUUUCUCAGGUCCUGAAAAUGAUGACGAUGAGGAUUACGUUUACGAUGAGGAACUGAAUAAGACCUUCAACCGCACCGUAGAGGACAUUACAAUUGAUGACAUAUCACGUCAUUUAGAAACAUUAGAAAUUGCCCAUCCGCAAGGACAGCCCCAUGAAACCAUUAACCAUCAUGAAGAUAAAAUCCACGAGUCUAAGCUGAACCCUGCUACACAAGGUGGAUACCGUGUACCUUCCACUCGUACCACGCGCCAUUUACGUAACUCUAGGAACUCAAGAGUACUGAGUAUUGAUGACAGCGAUGUAUCUAUGAUAUCACGUGUUUCGCCAGAGAAGCAAAGGUCUUCUAGAAGUGAAAGAAACAAAUGGUGA